AUGAUGAUAUGUGAGAGCAAUAACGAAAGUGAGAACAAUUCGUCGGCUCACAUUUCUAUUUUUGAGCAACGCGCAUACAUUAAAAUCGAAACGAUUCGUGGUAAAACAGUGCCUGAAAUUCAUGCCGCGUUAAAUGAAGUGUGUGGAACGGAUACUGUGGAUCGUAGUACGGUGCAAAGAUGGCAUCAGCGAUUCCGUGAUGGUCGUAUAAGUAUUGAUAACAACCCUCGCUCUGGCCGACCCUCUACGGUUACUCAAGACAACACUAACGCGGCUAUUCUCGCAACUCUACUCGAUGAAGACCGACGAAUAACGGUGAGAGAGAUAGAGAAUGAAACAGGUAUUUCAAAAUCAAGUGUUCACCGCGUUUUAACGGAAAUUCUACAGAAACGAAAGAUUGCAGCACGUUGGGUGCCUCAUUUUCUGUCACCGGAACAGAAGGNUCACCAAGAGCAAAAAAAGUUCGUCGCCAGCAAACAAAGGUGAAACAAAUGAUGAUUUUUGCUUACGAUAAACUUGGGAUAAUUGUCACUGAUCGAGUUCCAAUUGGCAGUAGUGUAACUGGGGAUUACUAAAAAACAUUCCUUGCCAAAAAAUUGCGACCAGAAAUCCGUAAUAAGCGACCAGGAAUGUUACAAAAUGGUGUGUCCAUAUUGCACGAUAAUGCGCGGCCGCAUAUCGGAGCACCAGUCGUCGCUCUUUUGGAGAAAUAUGGAUGGGAACGCCUCAAACACCCACCGUAUUCGCCGGAUUUAAGUCCCCCGAACUUUGAUUUAUUUCCAAAACUGAAGGAACCACUUAGAGGGAUCCGUUUUCCCAACUUAGAUAUACUAAAUGAAGAAGUGAGCCGAAGGACCCGUGAACUCAACAAAGAUGGCGUACAAGAAGAUCGCAAACAAAUUUCAAAAAUGACCACACAAAUUCAUAAAAAUUGCUCUCUUUAA